AACUAAUGGGGAUAGCUCGUCCCUUUUGUGAAGGAAUCAAUUUCAUUUACAUUCGUUGCUUUGCACAGCUAGGAUAAUGGCGGAUUUUGCGUUGAGUCGAAGAGUAAUUCUCUGCUUCCAGCUAUGUGGUUUGCAUUCCAUUAAUCUGUCCCAUAUGAAGGACUCCAAGGAGGUGGAUGGUGCCAUGAUCAAGUACAGGUUGUACCAGUUGCUGCACAUCAUUGUCGUCGGGGCAAACUGCAUCGUCGUCAUUUUCUGCCCCAACUCCAUCAUGUUCGCCAAUGAUCCUCUGGGCAGGUUCAACGAUUGGAUAAAAUAUUACGCUGCUCUCUUUACAUCCUGCCUCAUUCUCACGGAAUCCUAUUUCCGUGUGCGACAGCUCAUUGAGAUUUUUCGCCUCUCGGGGCGACUGGAUGGGAUUUUUGGGAGUAUUCGUGUGGAUCUGAGUCAGGAGAGUGUGACGUCCUAUCGUGUCUACAUCCGGAAGUUCCUCCCCUUUGCUGCAAUGCUGCUUCUGCUGGAGAUUUGGGCACUUCCCUUCUUCCUCACAAACACACCAAUGUUCAACUACUGGAUCCUCACGUUCCCCAUGCUACUGCAGAGUCGCUUCCGGCAGUUGCAACAUAUCCUCUAUAUUGAUCUCUGUCAUCACUAUGCACGUGUCCUGGCGAGCAAUGUGAAGGAGCUUGCGGUAUUUCUGAAUGCCCUCGAGGGCACAUCCGGAGACUCCUCGGCGGAAUAUCGAAGGAAAUUUGUCAAUUACCGCUUCAGGGUGCUACAGAGAGCUCAUCACGUUGUCUGGGAAAUCUCCAACUGUAUCAAUACCUACUUCGGGUGGUCCCAGGUGGCGAAUUAUGCUUUCCACUUCCUUCAACUUCUCGCAGACUCCUACUGGCUCUACUACCGGUUCUACAAUCAAUCCUACGGCGUCGGAAUGUGCAAUUCAGAGCAUCUCAAUUUGGUUGCAUCGCAUUAAAUUUACAGUCUAUGAUGGAAAAAUAUCAGAAACUCUUCUCAAUUUCUCCCUGCAGAUGAUUCAAGAGCCGGUGAUUUUUC